UACGAAUAACAAUCGUAUAAGGAAAUUAUACUAUGAUACAUACCUUGAACAUUUAUCUCAAACAUGAAUAGAUUAUUCGGUUGUUUGAGACUUUUGAGUAUUCGACGGUGGGAUUCAAAUCACUAAUAAUUCUACAAAUUGAGAUUUCUUGAAUAUGAAAACUAAAAAUUGCUAGUGUGGACCCCACUCACAUGAAAAGUCCAGUUUCAAGUGGACCGACGAGUAUGCCUUAACCAACCACACUAGAGUAUUUUAAAUUUAAUUAUAAUUUCGUUAAAAAGGACGAUAAGCUUAUAGAAAUAGUCAGACCAUGAUUAACCCGAAAUUUUCUUAGCUGCUAAGAACCUCAUUCUAAGAACCCGGGUUAAUCAUGCUCUUAGUAUGCACUAUUUAACAAGGUCUAUGAGUCCCAUGCACUUGGCUUACGUAGAACGCAUUCAUCAUCACCUCUCAUUUUCACGUCUCCUCUUCACUCUUUAGCCUAUAACUAUCAUUCAGCGUAAUCUACACAAACUCUUCUUUUUAUUUUCUCUUUGAUCUAAACCAAAAAACUCGUCGAUCAUAUCAUGCCGGGACGUUAUCACCGCCGGGGAUCCGACGAGUCAGUCAUCAUCUUCACGGUGAUGAUCACGUUGCUAACGUGCCCAGUAAUCAUCAACGCUUCAUCAUCAUCAGAGUCAGUCAACACGAGGAAGCUCGACGAGGUAGAUCCCAUAAAGUGCUCUCCAAGCUGCGUCCAAAACCCUCCUCCGCCAUCUCCUCCACCACCAUCUCCACCGCCUCCGGCAUGUCCUCCUCCGCCGGCUCUCCCUCCACCGCCGAAGAAAGUCUCACCCAACUGUCCACCGCCUCCCCCGGCUAAUUUCUUGUACAUAACGGGUCCGCCGGGAAAUCUCUACCCCGUUGAUGAGCAAUUCGGAGCGGCCGCCGGAAAAAGUUCUACGGUGGUGAAGCUCUCCGGUCUAAUCGGGUUUGGGCUUAUGGGGUUGUUGGUUCUUUGAAGCAUGAACGGAUCAAAAGAAAAGUUGAAGAUUUGUUGGUAUGUUGGAAUACUUUUUAAUUAGUUUUUUUUUUUAUCGAAAAUGUUAUUGAUGGUUAGUUAAUAAUAAAUUUUCUAGCUAGGAUUAUAUAUAUAUGUUUCAUCAUAUUUUCCUAUAUCCAAAUUUUCUAAUGGGUUUGUUAAACCAAAUUAAUAAGGUGCGAAUAUGUAAAUCUAGAAUGUAAUCUCUUUAUGGGAUAUGUUCCUCUCUUUGUCAACUUGCCGUUCGAAUUUAUUCUUGGAAUUGGAAAAUUGUACUUUAUGCGGAA